AUGCAGUGCGUCGUGCUCAGCGGCAAGCCCAUCAACGAGCCCAUCGAGCAGUACGGUCCAUUUGUCAUGACGACGCGCGCCGAGCUCCAAGCAACGAUCCAAGACUACAACUUUGGCCGCAACGGCUUUGAGAACGCACCGGACUGGAGCUCGUCGAUUGCCGAACUCGCAUACAAGUAAGGCUGCAUAUUAUUACUGUAUUUCUAAUCGAUAUUCCAC